CUUUUUUUGUUUUGAAGAUAUUUGGCUUAAAAGAUUUCUAGCUGAUCUGAUGACAUCACCUUUUAUGAUGUAAUAAGGUAGUAAGCAUAAAUUAGUACUUGCUAUACCUUGCGAACUUGCAUAAUAUCAAAACUUUUAAGCAGUGUGGACUUUAUGCUCUAGAUGAUAUCUUGACAUGUGUAAAGUUUUGUAGUUUAAGAAUGAUCUCAUCUUUAAUUACAGGUAUAUAUGAAUAUAAUGUCAGCAUUUUUCAAGACUUUCUUAUGACAUCAUAAGAUCCUGGAUUUCAAAUAAUUAAAAUUUUUAAUAACGUUAGAACGAAAAAAUAUUUUAAAAAGUUCAAAGGACUUGAUAAACAACAUGAAAAUAUUAUUUUUAAAGCAGGAAUCCCUUUUAGGUAGGUUUCCAUACAACUGUGUGGAGAACUUUGGUCUUGAGUUUGAGCUUAAUGUUUAAGUCAUAUAGCUCAUAUUAUUGGUGUCCUCACCUUAGUCAAAUAAUUAAUACAGCUUUUGAAACUGGAAUCUAUCUUACCUGUUUAAAAACAUCCAAUGUAAUUCUGUUAUAUAAAAAGACUCAAAAUCAGUCAUUGGAAACUAUAGACCAAUUUCCAUCUUCUGUUUAUGCACUAAUACAAACAACUGAAUGUAUCAGGGACAGUAUAGAUAGUGGUAAAUAUAUGCAUGUGGGCUAUUCAUAGAUCUUCAUAAAGCUUUUGACACUUUGGAUAAACUUAACCAUUAUGGAUUGAGAGUACUGAAUAAACUACUGAAAUCCUAUCUUUCAAAUAGGUUACAAAACGUUACAGUACAUGGUGCAAAAUCAAAACAAGUAGAUGUUCUACAUGGUGUGCCUUAAGGCUCUGUGCUGGGACCCUCUUAUUUCUCAUUUACAUAAAUGUUCUUUUUUGCUGUAAUCAACCACUCUACAGCUUUCCAUUUUGCUUAUUAUACCACAUUGCUUAAUUUCAACCCUUCACUGCAAAAAAGGCAAUAUUAGUUAUUUACUUCAAGGCUCGCAAAGAGCAAUAUCGCAACUUUAUCAUAACUCUUAUUUUUAGUUUAGAAUACUGUAUAAAACUUGUAAACUGUGCCCUAGCAUUCUCUCACUUUGUAAAACUUCUACCAACUUCAUUUGAUGUCUUCUUAUAUUACCUGUGGAAACAGCGCAUAGUCACAAUACAACUUUCUCAAGUUUUAAGUACCAUCUUCCUGGACAGUUACUUAUGGCACAUACUUAAUAUCAGUCAAAUGAUAAAACAGAAUACUCCCCGAACGUGAUAUUCUCAAAAUGAGAUAAAAAAUCACUUUCAAUAUUCAAGCAUAAGUUGAAAAAUAGCAUCUUAGAAAAAUAUAAUAAAAACAACUAAUCUUUGUUGUUCUAUGAUAUAUAUCCUUAUUAUUUACAUAUUCACAUAAACAAUAACAAUUUUGUUAUAUCGUAAUCUGCUGCGUAUAUCUUUUAUAUAUCCUGUUCAUUAAAAUAUUUAUUUCAGCGUUAUUUGCAAAUUUGUCUUUUCUGUCUAAAUAUAUUGAUUGAAUUGACACAUUUAAUCUGGCGAACAUAAUUUCUUUACUAGUUUUUCCAUCCCUAUGAUCCUCCUUUGUAUUAGCGUUCAAACCAGAAUCACAUAUUAUAAUAAAAACGACAUUUUUAAUUUUUUUAAUUUUCUUUAACUUUUUUAACCGUAAAAUUGUUAGAGCAAGAAUAUAUUUACUUACUUAAUGGAAAUCAAUUUCUGUUUUGGAGAAAAGAUGUUCAGAAUAAAGUGGUGUCAUAAACAGAAGAAACCUUUUGCUACAAAAUUUAAUAGUAACAAUGUUAUUUAUGGCAGCGAAUUAAAAGAAGACGUACUGCAACUGGAAACAACAACUAGCUGAAAAAAUUUUCAGGAAGGAGAGGACAGUUUAUAUUUACUGUUAGGUUAUUAAUUUAACUACCUUUUCCACCCCAACAAGUCGCUGAUUUUUAUAUUUGUCAUAAAGAUUUAAAAAAGAAUCUAUGAAUUCAUAACAAUUUUUUUAUAAAUUCAAUGCUAACAGGUCUGUCUGUUCUACUUAACCCUAUUCGGUCCGGGGGGAAUCCGGAAUCCGCCCCCACUAACGUUUUUUUUAAUAACUCCUUAAUGCUACAUUGCAUGGCUACGAUACCUACUGAGUUUCAAUAUUGAUCUAUUAGACACCUGCAUGCCAAAUUUUCAGAGGCUUUGAUAUUGGUUAUUACUCAAAACUACCCCUAAAAAUCUCUAUGAAACCCUUAUAAUGGGGAAAAUAUAAAAACUCUUGUUAGGAUUAUCGUUAGAGCUUGAAACUUACAACACAACUUUGUUUCAUCAAGAAGAAUCAUUUUGCAUGUUUCGGACACCUGAUUAAUCAGAUUUCCCGAUUUUUUCGGAUUUUACCCAAAAAAUCAGGAAAAAAACGGAUUUCCAGGCAAUUUUUUUGGCAAGUUUUUAAGCAAUCUGUGUAAAAACCAGAAAAUAUGUUAAAUGACUUUUAUUUAGCUUUAUAAACUUCAAACAGAAUGUAAAAAUUCGCUCUAGAACUAAAGUAAUUGAAUUUUAAGCAGAUAGUGACAUUUAAGACAAAUUUCAAGCUUUGAUGACGUCAUAGAAAAUGUGCUGAGGAAAGCAAAAAUUUAUUGCUGCCAUUUUGGUCUUUUUGUUACGUACUAUAAGUGUGCUAAGUUUGUUUCAAUUUGGACCAGCCUAAAUCUGCCAGAUCAGAGUAUGAGUAAUUUUUUUCUCCUUUUGUGUGGUUUUGGAACACUGGCAAUGAAAUGUUGUUAUGCAAAACCCUACAAUAUAAUAAACUACAACUACCCUGCUAUAGAAUGAAUGAAUUGCGUUUGAGGAAAAUGUGCUUUGAAUUUGAUGAUUCCUAUUUUUAUAUAACCUUCGGCAAAUACAAUUUAGGUGUUAACUAUCUCAGUGUAGAAUUUUUCCUGUUUUUUAAUAAACAAAAGUCGGUGAAAUAUACAUUAUAGGAAGGGGGAAAUGAGAAAAAAUAAAAGUGAAAAUCAGCUGACCACCAAUGCACCUGCAAAAACACUAAAAUUAAGUUGUGUAUUAGUUGUGAUAUGGACAGCGAAAACAAGGAACGACAAGAAAAUGAACUUCUUGCUUUGCAAUCAAUAUAUGGCGAACAAAGUUUUAUGCGAUCAUCUGAAAGGAAUGGUGGAGAAAUGUUUAUCUAUGUUCAACUUCCUAAAAAUUUCAAAGUGAACUGGAAGGAGAAAACUGAAGUAAAACACCAAGAUCAAGCUGUUCCAACUGAUUCUGCAGAAAAAACUGUUGAAAAAGAAUUAGCCAUUCAAUGUUUGCCCCCUGUUAUAUUGAAUUUUACCUUGCCAGAUGAGUACCCGUCUUCGGCACCACCUAAAUAUACACUUGCUUGCAAAUGGUUGUCAGUUAUUCAUCUUACGAAACUUUGUGGUUGUCUUGAUAAUGUGUGGAACGAGCAGGGACCGGAUUUUGAAGUUCUCUUUGAAUGGAUUCAGCUGCUAACGGAUAAUACUCUUUCAAUACUAGAGAUUACGUCGUCAUAUCAUAUUUCGGUAGUACCGUUGAAAUACAGAAGGCAAAGUUUUAAAGAAUUUAAGAAAUUAAAAAUAGACCCUCGUACACACCAAGAUGUGACGUCAGUAACAGAUUUGAUAACAUACUUGAUUGAUUAUGAUUUAAAGGAGAGAGAGAAUAUUUUUAACCAAACUUAUUUUAACUGUGGUGUCUGUUUCAACGAGAAAAUUGGAUCAGAUUGUAUCAGCUUCCCUUUAUGUAACCAUGUUUAUUGCAUGGAAUGCAUGACCGAUUAUUUUAAUAUUCAAAUAGCUGAUGGUUCAGUACGUGCCUUAACGUGCCCGGAAGAUAAAUGUGAUACACAAGCUGACCCUUUGUUAGUUAAAAAGCUUGUUCCAGCUGAUGUGUACGACAAAUAUGACAAAUUCCUUCUGCAAAGUACAUUGGAAUGUAUGAAUGAAAUAACUUAUUGUCCAAGAUUAGAAUGUCAAGCAGCUGUAUUAAUUGAAACAGAUGAUAACCUUGGUAGAUGUCCAGUUUGUCAUUUUGUUUUUUGUUCUUUAUGCAAACGUUCGUAUCAUGGCGUUGCGAAAUGUCCUAUCAAAAACGAAGAAAUGCAGAAAUUGAGAAAUGAGUAUUUGUCAGGAACUGCCGAACAGAGAGCAGAGUUGGAAAGGCGUUAUGGCAAAAAGAAGUUGACACAGGCAAUUGAAGAACACUAUUCGGAAGCGUGGUUGGAAACAUUUUCAAAGAAGUGUCCUGAAUGUUCUACAAAUAUUCAAAAAAUUGAUGGGUGCAAUAAAAUGACUUGUUAUAAAUGCAGAAAAAACUUUUGUUGGCUAUGUUGUAAAAUCUUAACCGGUGACCCUUAUUUGCAUUUUAAUGAUCAGAAAACUGGAUGUUUCAACAAACUAUUUCACGGUAUUGAAAUUGACGAGUUUGACGAAGAUAGUGAAGAUGAAGAUGGAUGGGUAAAUUUUGUUCGAAUGUGAUGUCAAGCUAUGCAGAAAAUGAGAUAUAAAUUAUUAAAGCUACUUUUAAAGUAGUAAAAGAUUUCAGCACGACAUGCAACAUAUAGGUUUGUUACAUAAUAAUUUGGAAUUGACAAACUUUCUAGUCAAUCUUUUUCUCAAUUUAUAUUGAUGAAAUGCAUAUUUAUUUAUGCGUAUACGUAUAAAUAAAUAUACGUAUAUUUAUAAGUUUAACGGCUGCUUUCCACUUCAACUUUCUGUGAAAGUGAGCAGACUAGGACAGAAAGAUUUCAGAGCCAAUUGAAAAAUUUUAUUUUUCGUUCUAUUUCGAGGGAAUUUUUAAAGAUUUGAACUUAAUCUGUUUGUUGCGUGCAGGAACAACAGGUAUAAAAUUAUUUAGCCAACCAGUUUAUCUUAUUUCGUGAAAAUUGCAUUACUUUCUGUGUUAAAAAAGUUACAAUUACCUGCAGAAUUCAAUGAGCUCAAUCUCUGCAAUUUCCGACGAUUCGCGUAUAAUAAACGGACCACUCAAAAGGUGACGGUGCAAGAAAUUAAACACGCUUUAGGACGACAUAGACAACCUGUUUAAUUAAUUUUUAUGAUAAAUUUGCUACUUUUUUAUUUUUAUUUUGUUUUAUUUUGACGAAGAAACAGAGACAACCAAGGAGCUGCAUAUGUUAAAAACUGCUACCAGCUUUCUGUUUUGUCCUCAGUAAUCAUAAACUUUUCCACCGCUAUUAGCUCGACUUUCGUGUAAGUCACUAAAGUCGAAAACCAACAAAGGCUUUUGCAACACUAAAAAUGUUACUCCUGUAAGUAAGAAAAAAGUGUUCUGGAGAUUGCUAAGCAAGAUGCUUAGUUUUGGGACUUAUUCAAGGCCUAGACUCCUAAAACUAAGUUGCUUAUAAAAAAACCCACUAGGUAUUCAAGUUUGUUUUUGUAUUAUAUUUUAUUACUUUCGGCUAGAACUUAUAAAUUUUUCUAUUGUAAAUCUAUUUAAAAAAUCAUACUAGCUUACUUGGCUUAAAGCCA